GAGCACUGUCUCUUUAAAAGGCGGUCCCUGCCCCCAGGAGGGGCAGUAUAUCCAUUGUUUCUGCCAGGAGGGUUUUUUUUUUUCCUCGCUGCUUCUGAUCUGAUUAUUUGACGUCCAGUUAAAGGGAAGGCAAGAUGGCUGAGCUGGGGAAGGGAGUCUCUGCGGGGAAGAUCGCCAGCAACGUGCAGAAGAAGCUGACCAGGGCUCAGGAGAAGGUGCUUCAGAAAUUGGGAAAAGCAGACGAGACGAAAGACGAGCAGUUUGAACAAUGCGUGCAAAACUUCGGCAAACAGCUGACAGAAGGCAGCAAACUUCAGAAGGACCUCCGGACGUACCUGGCAUCUGUAAAAUCUAUGCACGAAGCUUCCAAAAAGCUAACAGAGUGUCUGCAAGAAAUCUAUGAGCCGGAGUGGCCCGGCAGAGACGACACCAACAAGCUUGCAGAGAAUAAUGACCUUUUGUGGACGGAUUACCAUCAGAAGUUGGUAGACCAGGCCCUCCUGACCAUGGACACCUACCUCGGCCAGUUUCCAGAUAUUAAGUCACGGAUUGCAAAGCGGGGAAGGAAACUUGUGGACUACGACAGUGCGAGACAUCACUUCGAAUCCCUACAAAAUGCGAAAAAAAAGGAUGACACUAAAAUUGCCAAGCCGGUGUCUCUUCUGGAGAAGGCUGCCCCCCAGUGGUGCCAGGGGAAAAUACAGGCCCAUUUGGUGGCGCAAACUAACCUGCUCCGAAACCAGGCUGAAGAAGAGCUGCUAAAAUCUCAGAAGGUCUUUGAAGAGAUGAAUGUUGACCUGCAGGAGGAGCUUCCUUCAUUAUGGAAUAGCCGUGUUGGUUUCUAUGUCAACACAUUCCAGAGUAUCGCGGGCCUGGAGGAAAAUUUCCACAAAGAGAUGAGCAAGCUGCAUCAAAACCUCCAUGAAGUGAUGACGAACCUUGAGAGCCAUCAGGAGAAACCGUCAAGCAACGCCUUCACCGGGAAAGCCCAGCCAAGAAAGAAGCCCAACCUAUUCUCCCGGCUGAGGUCAAAGAAGAGCAGCGACUCCAGCCUUGCUAAAGCCAACAAGACCACAACCUCUCCUCCGGAUGGUCCUCCAGCCCCCAGCGCCGAGGAGAAGACCACCAAUCACGAUGCCGAGGAGUCUCUGGUGUCCCCAACUGCUGCUGCAACCGCUACGUUCUUCCAGGACACCCCAACUGUGACCAUCUCCAAAUCCCCCUCUCAGCUGAGGAGAGGCCCACCGGUCCCACCACCACCAAAACACACGCCGUCCAGGGACAUCAAGCAGGAAAAUAUCAUCGGUCUGUUUGAUGACAGUUUUGUGCCCGAAAUAAGUGUGACCACUCCCUCACAGUUUGAGGCUGCGUGGCCCCCAGUGCAGGAGCCCAGCUUACUAGAUCUGGAUUUUGACCCUCUCAAACCGGACUCCAGUUCGACUGCUGCUAAACCUCAGUCGCUACCUUGGGAUAUGUGGGAGCCGGAGUCGUCUGUUCCUGGCGGCAUGGACCAGGGCCCCAGCGAUGCCGCCACUGACUCCACUUUUGCCGUAGAGUGGCCAAGUGAGCCCGACGCCACUGACUCCACUUUUGCCGUAGAGUGGCCAAGUGAGCCCGAGCCCACCGAGGCCGCCCAACAAUCAGAACCGGUCGUGAAGGAGGAAGAAGUGAAAGCUGUAGAGAAGGAUGCUAAUCAAUCCACCUCCCCACCAGCUGUUGUUGUUGAGACGUUCCCCGCCACCGUGAAUGGAACAGUGGAGAGCGCUCCCCCGAAGACCAACAUGCCCCCUGGAUACAUAUGCAAGGUCCGGGCUCAGCAUGACUACAGUUCGACCGAUAACGAUGAACUAAACUUGAAAGCAGGCGAAGUUGUUUUAGUGACUCAGUUUGAUAACCCAGACGAGCAGGAUGAAGGCUGGCUAAUGGGAAUUAAGGAGAGCGACUGGCUCCAGAACAAAGAAUUUGAACAGCACCGAGGAGUAUUCCCCGAGAACUUUACCGAAAAGUACUAGUAAAGGCGCCCCUCGUCUUCCGGGAUACAAAAAAAAAAAAAAGCAAAUUUUCUGUGAAAAUUAUACACCACGUCUACCCUCUGAACAGUUAACCCUACAAGUGUCAACUUUUUAAAGGUUCAGUUCACUCCUAGACGCCAGGUUAGAUGUUGUUCAGUAGAUACAGUUCCUGGAAUGCUAAAGCGUAUGUUUUUUAUUUUUAAGAUCCCAUUUCUACCGAAGGAUGAGAUAUUGGGUCGUCCUUUUAGUCUGUUACAGGUUGAUGAGAUCUGGAUGGCAGCCAUGUUUUUAGGUUAGGAAUGCCAAAAUAGUGUUUUUUUUUUUUUUUCCUUUUUUUAAUGUGCGUGAGUGUGUUUCGCCAACUGCAAAGUUCAGGCAGGUGUUCUAAGUCAACUGCCAUUUCGACCUGUUCCGCUCAAUUAAAAUAAAAAAGAGAAAUCACCAAGGACUUACUUCGCUUCUCAGCGCCAUCGCCCCUUCCUGAAGACCAGCCAGGCUGUACUUUUUUUUUUUUUUUAGCCGCCCUCUUGUGUAGAACGCCUGUAUCAAAUCUGAGCAUGCUGUCGUGUGUGUGUUCAGCCAUCCUUAUCUCCUAGAUGUAGUGUGCCAUGUCUCCAAAACAAUGUGUGAUAAAGGAGUAGAACUUUGAAAUGCUUUGUAUGAUAAUUAUAUUUAAACACCAUAUAUUAAAAGAAAAAUCUAUAAAAAAUUGCAAUAAAGUCACUAUACUUAAAUGUCA